AUGAAUGUGCCUUGGGAGUCACUAAGGUGGAGAAGCUGGAUCCACAACAUCGAUCUGUCCUCGGCUUCCACAAUAAGCGACGAACAGUACUUGAUGCUCCGGGCUCUCUGGAAACGAUCGAAAUUCGAUCAGCUGGACCUAGCGAAAUUUGGUCUCAAGGACUGGAAUAGCCAGGCCGUUGAGAGGUUGAAGACAUACCAGUCCUGGUCUUAUUACUGCAACAGCUUCUCAAGCAAUGCUGAGAACGAGGGGACAUUUUCUUUGCCCCAGUUCUAUCAAAACCAAGUCGCGUUCAUUCCAGAGGACAGUCCAUUUAGGCCCAACGUGACUGUCGGCACUAGUCCAGUUGCACAUCAUACCCGAACCCGAAUGAGAGGCCUCGAGUCGGCCGUCCAGAAGCUUUCGUUCGAAACACCGACCAAGCCACCCACUACACCAAUGCCAGACAUGGGCCGAGAGCCAAGCACCCCAGAUCCUGGCUCAGAGGAAGAGUUCGAUGAUAGCAUGGCUGAGGAGACACCGCCAGGACAACGGUCAUACGGGCCUAAGGAGCUCCUAGACAUGAACUACCCGAGAACUAAGGAUGAGCAGAUCGUUAACACGGCGCUUGUGGAUUUUCUGAACGCAUUCAUUAUUCACUACAAACUACCCGUUUACUGGACCUUGUACCGCAAGCCAUUCAUAGCGACGUUUGGAAACGGGGCCUUUGAGGCUCGCACCGACGGAUGCCUCGAAGACAGAGCAUCCAAGACAUACGCAAUCGUGGAAGUCAAGCCAAUGCUUCGAGAAAGGGAGGUGGUUCGAAUUUCUAUGCAGGAAACGGCAGAAAUGGUUGCCUGGAUCAAGUGUGAUCCCGACCCCAAUGACUUUUCCAGUAGUUGCGGCCGCCGGGUGCUCGUAUCUCAGGACACACACGAAAUUUAUCUUAUUUUUGCCGAGUACGGUAGUGACUAUGUGAGGUAUCUGAACAACGCGCUCGGCCCGAAUGAAACGCCCGGGUUUCUUACAAUGCAUCAGUUCGGGGCCUGA